AUGGUUCGUCCAACUCGCCCAACAACUUCUCCGAAGGGUCAGACGAUGCUGAGAUCUUCAGACCACGUUUUGCCUUCCUGCUUCGAUCCUAAGAGCCUUGAAACUUCAGAUGGCCAAACCGUCAUAAAGACCGAGUUUGUGGCGCAUUCGGUUGAUCCUAAAGAAGCCGACGUGUACUUGAUGAUUACGUACGGCCAGGCUGCAGUGCUAAAAGAGAAGUGUAAGAUUGACUUGUGUGUUAUGAGUGUCACUGGCUCAAGGGAAUCAACUUAUCAAGAUGGAGUUAACUUAUGUAAGAAGAGGGAGAGUCAGCUGAUGCUGAUACAUCAAGCUGUUACUACGACUGGUUGCUGCUGCUGCGAGGAAUUCAUGUGGUCACUACGACCCAGGACAUAUCAGUGCGUCCGUCGAGAGCUGCAUCCCAAUCUUUCAGAAUCGAUGGGGUCAAAAGGGUAUCUUGUUCGAGUAACUAGACCAACAUCAUUGCUCCAUUUCCCGAGGAUCUUCUUACCGUUAGAAAUAUUCUCCGGGGUGGGCCUGGCUUACAAUCACUCUCGACUUCAGUCUGACUUGCCGGUUAAAGAAGAGUCGGAAACGAAUAUGGAGGAGUAUGUUCCCUAUGACAUUCCAGGUGAAAGGGAGAGGUCAAGAUCUCCUAAGAACAAGCAGAUUGGCAUGAAGAUUGACAAUGGUGAUGUCGAUGGGCUGGAGUAUCUGUCGGAUGAGUUGUUCUGUAACUUCCAUGAUGGCCAGGCCAGCGGGAGUGGCGCUGAUCAAACUGAUCCGACGGGAUUCAACGACUUCACCCCCGAUUUCAACAGCUUUUCCGACUUUACUCUGAACUCUGAUAACUACUUCAUCUUCGUCAAACGCAGAACAGAUUCUUGUGGUAAGACCGAUGGAAGUGUCUCGGGUUGCUGGAGGAUCAUGGCCCGUGAUAAACUGAUCAAGUGCGGGGAGACCGGGAGGAUUCUAGGGUUCAAGAAGAUUCUCAAGUUCUGUGAAAAGGACAAUAAGCGAUCAGAGGAACAGGAAGAAGAAGAAGACGAGAUCAUCUGGGUCAUGGAGGAGUACAGGCUCGUUGAUAAAUGGAAGCGUGACCAAGUGAUUUGCAAGAUUAGGGAUUUGCUACAACAUAAGGUUACUACCUUGCUCGCCAAGCAUUUCUCGUUUCUCCCUAAAUGGAUCAGACCCUUUUCUCGAAAAGACUUCAUGCCGAGGUGGGAUCUCUGUGUACCAAAUUUACCAACGGAUGAGAUCAUCUCGUACUAUCCGAAGAUUUGUGUGGAUGUUCAAAAUGACUGGCCUACCCAUUUCCUCCAAAGCGAACAAGUGUACGGUGUAGUGCCGUGGAUGAUCGUGGAUCCUGAUCAAAGCUCUGUCGACCUACAAGAGGGACCCUAUUUCUUCGUUAACCGCACAGAGAGUUCUGGUCGGACAGAUGGAUGCGAUGGAGGUUGCUGGAGGAUCAUGCGACGAGACAGAGUGAUCACUUCGAAGGGAAACAAGGUUCUUGGGUUCAAGAGGUUGUUCAAGUUCUGCGUCAAGGAGAAAAAAGAACCGGUUUACAAGUUUUGGGCAGAUGAGAAGUAUAAAGUAAACGAGUUUAAGGUGACUUGGGUAAUGGAUGAGUAUAGGCUGGCUAAGAAGAAGGAGCAAGGUAAAGUGAUUUGCAGGAUUAGCCUUCUCUUCCCAUCACCACUUACCAGUCAUCUUGAACAUUUCUAG